CGCGCUGCGCUCUUCUUCCCUAUUAUACCCUCACCAUGCCCGAUCCCGAAACACAAUCCUCACACAAACAAGCACCUAGACCCAGUCCUCUAUUCAAUUCUCUAUUUGCAGGAACAAUAGCAGCGUCGGUUUUGAUUUCUAGUGCAUUUUGGUUACGACGGCGAAAGAAUAUCCAGUUUUCUGGAUCUCCGCCUCGAACAACCAUCAAACGUGGAGGACCCAACCGUUUCCAUUUACCCACAUCAAGCUCGAGUGAUUUUGGACCGCCAAAGCGCGUCGUAAUACAACGUGCACACGCGCUUCCCCAAUUGUCAUAUUCUCCUCCACCUCCCGAAGAAUCCCCUCCUUCCACAGAAGAAGGGACUCCAGAAGAUCUGAACAAGGAGCCUGUUCAGCUGGAUUUCAAUCCUGCGUUUCUGACGAUCAAAGCAUUUGGAAUCGCAACCUUCGCUGUCGCAAUAGGUACGAUCGGUUUAGUAUGGGGUGUAAAAAACACGAUGGGUGUCGAUACUACUGAACAAUUUGCCCAACGGAUGCGAGAGCUCAUUAUCACUCGGAUGCCUAUUUUGUCCUCGCGUAUACAUCGUUCACAUCUCGACGAAAAUGCCGGCUUAAAACUACACCUGGACCCCCAUUGGAACUGGGAUAAAGCUGAGGAAAGAUUGAAAGAUGCAUAUGACAAGGAUGGAAUCUCCGGUUGGGUAGAGGCGGCUGUCCGAGAGCUCGAAGCGGAGGAGGCAGUGGAGCGGGGAAAGAGAGCCAUAACCGAGAGCGGAGGGAGAUAACUGGAAUCCACACUAGACUAUAGACAAUAUGGAGUGAUACAUCAAGAGGUUUCCUUCGUUCACAUAAACCAGCCAUAUGGUCUAAAUACGAAUGAAAGCUGAUGCAAAUGUGGUAAAAUUCUAACGAGAUGAGCCUACAAAGCUUUUUAUUGAUCUUCUUCAUGUUUCAUAAGUUUGACUUCACACCAUCCAACCCCCAAAACAUUCGAAUACACUAAUGGUAGUUAUCAUCGUCUGCACCGUGCACAAAGUCGAGCUCGGCGUUCGGACGUCC